AGCCAGCAAAAUGCAACCAAAGUGGCGCUUCCAUUACUAAGGACAAAACCACAGGAGCCUAUUUCAUCCAGUUACUUUCCAUGGCUGCCUCACGGUAGAACAUGAGCAGGUAAUGCACAAGGAGCACCACUGGGAAUCAUGUCAGACGAGUCAAUCUCAGGGAGUGAUCCGGACCUGGACCCGGACUUGGAGCAGGAGGAUAUGGAAGAGGAGGAGGAGGAAGAUGAGGAGGAGGCGAUGGAGGAGGAUAAUGAUGGGGAUGACGAGGAGGACUUACUUGAUGAGAGUGACCAACCCCAGGAAGCUGUGUUCAGCGGUGACCAUGUUGAACAUGCAGAGGAUGGAGAAUGGCAGCGCUCUACUUCAACUACCUCAUCUCAGAGUGAGCGGGCAGAGCGACUUUUGCAGAACCAGCACAAGAGCCUGGCCUCUGAGGACACCAAAAAGAAGAGGGCUCAGAAACCGUCUCACAUGCGGAGGAACAUAAGAAAGCUGUUGCGUGAGGACCAACUGGAAGCCGUGACAAAAGCAGCCCAGCAGGAAGAGUUGGAGAGAAGGAAACGGCUAGAACAGCAGAGGAAGGAUUACCCAGCCACUAUACCAACUGUACCCCUAGAGUUUCUUCCUGAGGACAUCGUUUUCAGAACAGCAGAGGCUACUCAGCUCCCCCCUCAGGUCCUGGCUGAGGAAGUGAUUUGCCUAGAUAGUACCAGCAGUGGCAGUGAAGAUGAUGCUAAAGGAAAAAAUAGCAUUAAAGAUGAAGUGAUUGAGCUGAGUUCAGGAGAGGAUGAUGCCCUCCAAAUUGUGGACAGCAGUGAUUCUGGCAAUGAAGGGGAGGAGGAUGGCAGUGAAGAGAGCAGUGGCUCUCAUGUGAAUGAUGCCUUAAAUAAGUCAGAUGCUCUGGGGCAAGUCAUUGUCAACAUCAAUCAUCCACCAAACGAGGAGGACAUUUUCCUGGCUCCCCAGCUUGCACAUGCAGUAAAACCUCAUCAGAUUGGUGGGAUCCGAUUCCUAUAUGACAACUUGGUCGAGUCCUUGGAAAGAUUUAAAACCAGCAGUGGGUUUGGGUGUAUUUUAGCACAUAGCAUGGGCCUGGGCAAGACCAUACAGGUCAUCUCUUUCUUGGAUGUACUUUUUCGGCACACGGAAGCAAAGACUGUUCUUGCCAUUGUACCUGUGAAUACGCUCCAAAACUGGCUAGCAGAAUUCAACAUGUGGCUCCCAGCACCUGAAAACCUUCCUGCUGAUUAUAACUCCAAAGAGGUCCAGCCCCGCACCUUCAAAGUCCACAUCCUGAAUGACGAACACAAGACAACAGCUGCACGUGCAAAGGUGGUGAAUGACUGGGUCAUAGAAGGUGGUGUGCUGCUUAUGGGAUAUGAAAUGUACCGUCUCCUCUCACUGAAGAAGUCCUUUGCCACUGGCAGGAAGAAGAAAACAAAGAAACAAACUGGCCCUGUCAUUAUUGACUUGGAUGAGGAAGACCGGCAGCAAGAGCUUCUGAAAGGGAUUGAGAAAGCUUUGUCUCGCCCUGGCCCAGAUGUGGUUAUUUGUGAUGAGGGACACCGGAUAAAGAACUGCCAUGCCAGCACUUCGCAGGCCCUGAAGAACAUCCGCUCCCGCCGGCGGGUGGUGCUGACUGGCUACCCCCUCCAGAACAACCUCAUUGAGUAUUGGUGCAUGGUAGACUUUGUCCGACCUGACUUUCUAGGCUCACGGCAGGAAUUCAGCAACAUGUUUGAGCGCCCUAUCCUGAAUGGGCAGUGUAUUGACAGCACCCCUCAAGAUGUCCGUCUCAUGAGGUAUCGCAGUCAUGUCCUGCAUAGCCUGUUGGAAGGCUUUGUGCAGCGGCGAGGCCACAAUGUGCUGAAGGUUCAGCUCCCAUCUAAGGAAGAACAUGUCAUUUUGGUACGUCUAUCAAAGAUACAGCGGGCCCUUUAUACGGAGUUCAUGAACCGGUUCCGAGAUGCAGGCAACAGUGGCUGGCUGGGACUGAACCCACUCAAAGCUUUCUGUGUCUGUUGUAAGAUCUGGAAUCAUCCAGAUGUGUUGUAUGAAGCUCUGCAAAAGGAGAAUCUGGCAAAUGAGCAGGAUUUGGAUGUGGAUGACCUUGGCACAGCAAGUACUAAUUCCCGCUGCCAGCCUCAGGGAAUUAAAGUCAAAACAGAGAGUAGUGCAUUGGCAUCACCAGUUGGAGAAGCUACCAAUAGCAAGUUCCUCCAGAGCGUUGGCUUCAACCCUUUUCAGGAGAGAGCAAAUCAGGUUGUUACUUAUGAGUGGGCCAAAGACAUCUUGUGUAAUUACCAGACGGGAGUCUUGGAGAACUCACCCAAGAUGGUGUUACUGUUCCACCUAAUUGAGGAAAGUGUGAAGCUUGGAGACAAGAUCUUGGUCUUCAGCCAGAGCUUGUCCACGUUAUCCGUCAUUGAAGAGUUUUUGGCAAAGAGACCAAUGCCGAGUCCUCCAGGCUCAGAUGGAGGAGUUCACAACUGGGUCCGAAACAUCAACUAUUACAGACUGGAUGGCAGCACCUCUGCCUCGGAAAGGGAGCGACUGAUUAACCAGUUCAAUGACCCCAGCAACACCUCUGUUUGGCUCUUCCUUUUGUCCACACGUGCUGGGUGUUUGGGUGUCAACCUCAUUGGAGCAAACAGAGUGGUGGUGUUUGACGCUUCUUGGAACCCGUGCCAUGACGCCCAGGCUGUGUGCCGAGUGUACCGCUAUGGGCAGAAGAAGCCUUGCCACAUUUACAGACUGGUUUCUGAUUACACCCUUGAGAAGAAGAUCUAUGACCGUCAGAUCUCCAAGCAGGGCAUGUCGGAUCGGGUGGUAGAUGAUCUCAACCCAGUGCUGAACUUCACCCGGCGGGAGGUGGAGAACCUGCUGCAUUUUGUGGAAGAAGAAUCUGAUCCUGCUCAGCUCUCCCUCAAUCCAAGCAAGAUGAAGGAGUCUGUUCUACAAUUAGCCUGUCUCAAGUAUCCUCACCUCAUCACCAAGGAGCCUUUUCAGCAUGAGUCACUGCUGAUCGACCGGAAGGAGCACAAGCUGACCAAGGCAGAGAAGAAAGCAGCCAAGAAGAGCUAUGAGGAGGAAAAGCGAGCAUCCGUCCCCUACACCCGGCCGUCUUACGCACAGUAUUACCCAGCCAGUGACCAGAGUCUGACGAGCAUCCCUGCCUUUAGCCAGAGGAACUGGCGACCAGCCCUCAAGGGUGAGGACAAGCCGGUAGCAAGCGUCCGCCCAGUUCAAUCCACCCCCAUUCCUAUGAUGCCCCGGCAUGUCCCCAUGGGCAGUGCAGGAUCAACCUCAAGUUCCAACCCCGCUGUCAACUUCCCCAUCAACUAUCUACAGCGAGCCGGUGUCUUUGUGCAGAAGAUUGUCACCACCACAGAUAUUGUGAUUCCGGGUACAAACACAUCCACUGAUGUACAGGCAAGAAUCAGUGCUGGUGAGAGCAUCCACAUCAUCCGAGGGACAAAAGGGACGUAUAUCCGGACCAGCGAUGGGCGGAUUUUUGCUAUCCGGACCACUGGGAAGCCAAAGGGCAAUGAAGACCGUCGGACAGCUGCCUCAGGCUCCCAGAGCUCUUCACUGGAGUCCACAAGCAAUGGUAGACACAGUGCCUCAUCACCGCAGCUCCCCAGCACGGAGGAGCUCACUCGGCCCAUAUCCCCUGACAGCCCCGAGAUCAUCAGCGAGCUGCAGCAGUAUGCGGAGGCAGCGGCUGCCCGGGAGUCCCGGCACAGCUCUCCCAGCACCAACGCAGUGCAAGGCCACCCUGCCCGCACAGACAACGCGCCUGGCUUAGCAGCCCGAGGAGCGGAGCAGCAUGUGGGGAUUCACUGCAUGGCUCCCUCUGUGUCUUCAGCCCUACCGGCCACCAGCCAGCACGUCGAUGCCCACUCAGUGUUGGACUUACGGGGCAACAAGCGCAAGUCGACUUCGCCGUCGGCUCCGGAGGAGCAAGCCCGCAGGCAGCAGAAGAAGCGCCAGUUGCCAUCGUCCAUGCAGCCGUACGAACACGGGUACCCCGUCUCUGGUGGGUUCACCAUGCCUCCUGUCUCUUUAAACCACAACCUAACCCAUCCAUUUGCCUCCCAACCAGGAAACUCCUUGUACAUGGGCACUGGCUCCUCUUAUUACCAGCUGCCCAAUUUACUCCCAGACCCUCAUCUGGUGUUCCCUGUGACUACUGACCCUCUGCUGACAGCCGGCACCGCCAGCUCUUCUGCUGCUACCUCAGCCACCGCCAGCGUCCCCUCAUUCAUGCUAAACCCUUCUCUGACCGGGGUGCUGCCCAAUUACUCUCUUCCCUUCACGCAGUCACUCCUGCCCGAGCCCAGGAUGUUUGCUCCUUUCCCAGCCCCCGUCUUGCCUAGCAGCCUUUCCAGGAGCAUGGCAUCUGCCUACCCUGGCUACAUGUCCCCUCACUCGGGCUACCCGGCCGGGGGCCUCCUUCGGUCCCAGGUGCCUCAGUUUGAACCCCAGGAGGUCCCAGAGGUGGGAUGCAGCUCUAAUGACGAGGACAAAGACGACGAUGUUAUAGAGAUCACAGGGAAAUAAUGGGCCCAGCUCCUGCUUGGUCUCAGCUCUGCCAGGAGGCAAAAGUUGCAGGACCUUUUUGGGAGUCAGGAUUUCCCCUCUGGGCCACAGCAGCGGGUGGAGAAGGAUGCGAAGGGUGUGGCGUGGGGGUUGUUUUGUUCUUUUCAUUUUGUUUUGUUGUUUUUUAGCUGUCAAGGAUCUUAAUUGUAUUAGGGACUGGGAGAUGGGAGGGGGAUGGAGUGGACCUGCAAGGGCCUGGGGUGCAAGAGCCAGGGGAGGAGGGAAGCAGCAAUGCAAACCAUAGGAGUGCCUCCCUCCCACGCUGUCUGUCUGUCUCUGUUCUCUGUCUUGUCUGGAAGGGGGAGGCUUGGUGUUGCGAGUUCCUGCCCUUCUCAGGCCUGGAGGCAUGGGCUUGACCGCUGGCAGGGCCGAGCUCCCUCUCACAUGAACUGCCUUAUCUGUGAACUUCUCUCACUCCGGGAGGUGUGGG